UUCUCCGCCUCCUCCUCCUCCUCCUCCUCUUCGCUCUACUACUAUCGUAUGCAUUCAGCCAGUGAUCACUUCAUUAAAGCCUGGCGAGUAGCGGGGUGAGGUGAGCUGAGGAGAAGUGUAGUCUGUCUGCGAUGGCCGUUGAGCUGCGCUCUGGUUUGAAAUAUGGGACCGUUCUAUCUUUCUCCGCGGUUCUGCUGGCGUUCUGGCUCCGCUCUCCUCGGUCCGUGCUGGAUGAACGGCUGGACGCCGUGCUGUCCUCUCUUCUCCGGGCUGAGAGGAAAGUGGGUAUUAACAACGUCGCCCGGCCGAGAGUCGCCAUAGGCUUUGGCGGCUGUGUGGACAUUAUUGUGGAUGGUGUGACAUUACUGAACAAAAUUGGACUGCAGCCGACUGAUCAGCCUCUCCAUCAUGACUACAUUGAGAACGCAGAGCAGCUGGCCCAGAGUUUUGCCUACUUCUUUGCACCUGGAGCUGCGUCGGAGAGGUUUGUGAUGAACGACACACUCUUCAGUCAGCUGGUGGAGGCCUCUCGAGAGUUGCCUGGAAACCGCUGGUCGGUUGGGGGUAAUGCUCCAGUUAUGGCAGGCAGGAUGGCCAGUGAAGGCUGUGAUGUGCUUUUGGGGGGCAGCUUCAGCCCAGACUUUAACGAUGUUCUCUCACAACACAUUACAGUGGCAGGGAACACAGUAGAGGAGCCAGAUAUCCACUUGAUCUUAGAGUAUCCCUCUGGGGCUACCUGGGGGCAGUACACCUCCCGAAGGGCCAACAGGUACAUUGUCCACAGUGAUGACCACAACCCCUACUUGGACUCUAUGGAGGAAUUUGAGAAGAGACUGCAGAACUUUAAGCCCGACCUGCUGGUGGUGGGAGGCCUUCAGAUGAUGGACAACUUCCCUUUCAAGCAAGGAGAACGUGAAGCUCUGUUGAGUCACCUGACACGGAUCCUUUCCUCAGCCUCCCCUCAGACCAGUGUCCACUUUGAAAUGGCCAGCUUCGUGGAUGAGGGCCUGAUGUCAGACCUUCUAGCGUUUGUGCUGCCGCAUGCUGACUCUUUGGGCAUGAAUGAGCAGGAGCUGCCCAACCUCCUCAGCCUGUUCCGUGGCAGUAACGUGACCGUGCUGUCUGACCCCAACCCUCGUGUAGCCACUGUGCUGGACCAGAUGCGCGAGCUCUACCGCAUGGUUAACCAACGGCACAAAGAAACCGCAACCCGCCGUCCCCUUACCAGACUGCAUGUCCACACGCUUGCCUUCCAAGCCAUGAUUGUCACCCGCGGCUCCCAGUGGAAGAACACAAUGUCAGCCGUGGCCAAAGCCUCGCUCACAGCCAACCGCCACGUGUGCGGGUCCGCGGACAUUGACACCAGCAAAGCGAGGCUGAUCAUGGACGAGUCUUUCUCUGUCAGCAGACGGGAGGGAAGCCAGAGGAUUCCACUGCAGGAGUCUCGGCCCGUCUCCUGCUGGACUGAGGACGACUAUGAAAUCUGUGUGGCUCCUGUGCUAGUGUGUACUGAGGUCUAUCAGACUGCAGGAGGAGGAGACAACAUCUCUGCUGCUGGCCUCGUGCUGCAGAUUUAAUCGAAGAAAACUGUCUUGUAAAAUAAUGCUGAAACUGAACUGAACUGGAGAGAACUAGUCUUGCUGUAUGAACAUCCCAUAUCAUAUGAAGAAUUUUCUUUGUUUUAGCUGCAGUCUUACAAAUCAACAUUCACCCCAACAUUGGGUCCAGAAAUAAUAUCUUUGUGUUUUUGGGUCCGUGAUUCAUAUACAGUUGUAUGCAAAAGUUUGUGCACCCAGCCAGAAAGUUUUGUUUAUUUUCUAAGUGAAAAUAAGUGAACAUGUCCAGAGAAGACAGUUCUGCGACUUUUAAUGCACAAUUACUGUUACAUGUUCUGUUAAACAUACUGGAAAAAGAUAUAACGAAGUGUUUCUUUUUUAAAAAAUGUUUUGUUUAAUUCAGCAGU